CAUUCAAUUUUCAUUACAAAACCCUCUAGAAAGCCAACCGCGCCUCUAGAAAUACACACUCUUCUCUCUUCAGGUUUGGACCAUCUGCGUUGAUCUCACGCCUAAAUUCUUAUUUCUUCCUCUCUUUCUCUCUCUUCCUACAUUUGAAUCCGGAUCCUGCGCUUUCGAGUCCCGCCACAAACCCUAUUCCUAUUUCUCUCUCUUCUCUCUCCAAUCCAUUUCUUCCUUCGCUCUAGAUUUUCUGUUUUCCGUCCUACAACUGUGCGGACAAUGAGGAAAGGAACUAAGAGGAAGAUGAGGCAGAAGGAAGAAUCUUCCCAACCAGAGGAAGCCAACAAGAAGCAAUCAACAAAGACAACUCGAGCUAAACGAGCUAGGACCUCCAAGCCAGAGACCGAACCAGAAUACUUCGAGGAUCAGCGCAACUUGGAAGACUUAUGGAAGGAAACAUUCCCUGUUGGAACAGAGUGGGACCAAUUGGAUUCUGUCUAUCAAUUCAAGUGGAAUUUCUCCAAUCUAGAAAAUGCAUUUGACGAGGGUGGAGCUCUGCAUGGUAAAAAGGUUUAUCUCUUUGGUUGCACUGAACCUCAACUGGUCCCAUAUAAAGGUGAAAACAAAGUCAUCUGCAUACCUGUUGUGGUGGCUGUUGUAUCACCUUUUCCACCAUCUGAUAAAAUUGGGAUUAAUUCGGUUCAAAGGGAGUCUGAAGAAAUUAUUCCUAUGAAACAAAUGAAAAUGGACUGGGUUCCAUAUAUCCCAUUAGAGGAUCGAGAAAGUCAAGUUGAUAGAGUAAAGUCCCAAAUAUAUAUCUUGAGAUGCACCCAAAGAAGGUCUGCUUUAAAGCAUCUGAAGUUGGACCGGCUGAAGAAAUAUGAGUACUGCUUACCUUAUUUCUACCAGCCUUUUAAGGAAGAUGAACUUGAACAGAGCACUGAGGUUCAGAUUAUUUUUCCUGGAGAGCCAAAGCCGGUGUUCUGUGAAUUUGAUUGGGAGUUAGAUGAGCUUGAGGAGUUCACAGAUAAGCUCAUAGAGGAGGAGGAAUUAUCAGAAGAUCAAAAGGAUGCCUUCAAAGAAUUUGUAAAGGAAAAAGUUCGAGAAGCAAAGAAAGCAAAUAGAGAGGCAAGGGAAGCUCGUAAGAAAGCCAUUGCGGAAAUGAGUGAAGAAACUAAAGCUGCAUUUGAAAGUAUGAGAUUUUACAAGUUCUACCCUGUUCAAACACCAGAUACACCCGAUGUUUCUAAUGUUAAGUCCCCAUUCAUAAACAGGUAUUACGGAAAGGCUCAUGAGGUUCUGUGAUUGACCCCAAGAC